AUUACUUUACUUUUUAAAAUGAAUACUUCUACUUCUAUUACUAAUAAACACUAAUCCUUCAAGAGAGUUAAAGAAAGACUUGUUUGUGAGGCAAUUGAGAAAGUCGAGAGAUGGAGAUAAAUGUUUACUGAAGGAUUAUAAACCAAUAACGGAGAAAUAAUCAAAGUUACCUUGAAUUAAGCUGCCGAAAUAGUUGGAAUCCCCAAAAAAACGCUUGAAGAUUAUACCCAACUUUUCAAAAAAGUGAAAUUACUCACUGCAGAUAUUAAGUAAUUUUCUAAUGAGAAGAUGGGAUUUCUAAGAAGCUAUUUGAGAAAGAAUCAAAACAAACUUAAAAAAAAGCUUAAAGAUAUCAGACUCAAAGAGCUUGAAGCUUAAAGAAAGACUCAAGAAAUGAUCUUGGAGUAAAAUUUAUUACUAAAAUAAAAAUUGCAGGAAGAUCCUGAAACUACAGAUAGUUGUGGAUCUCAAUAAGAAUCAUCCAAUCUUAUAAUAUGCGAUGAUCAAAAUUAUAUUGAUACUGAAAUAUAAUUUAUAUAGGUAAUUCCAUUUGCUAAUAUUUUUAGGAAGAAAAUUUAAAUUUUGAAGAUUACGAAAGCCACUAGUAUUAUUUUAACAGAGUGUCCAAUUUCUAACAAGACGAAGAUAUCGACAAUUAUUUCCAAUCAACAUAAUGAAUAGGAAUUAAAUAUUUAUUUUUAGCACAUAUUAAAC